GAUCCCUAUUUCAUAUGUGUGAUGUGGCGAACGAAAAUUAACCGAGACAAUAAGUGAUUGUUUUUCCAAAAACUCGAGAAAAAUUCACAAAAAUACUUAAUCUGGAGAUUGUCUAAGCGAAACGAUAAACGAAAGAACGCAAUGCAAAAUGUGGAAAACCAGCAGCAAUGCAGCAACAACGAAUGUAUUCACACAAAUAGCAGUGACGUUAGCCUUUACAGUACUUCUGUGGGGCACGGCACACGGACUUUCAGACAAACGCCUGUGUGCAGAUGAGAAAUGCAAGACUAUAAUAUCUGUGGGUAAGGGCAAGAUCAGCUACAGAGCUGGCGAUGAGGGAAUGGUGUCGUUUAAAAUCAAUGCCCCUAUACGUAUUAAGUCAAAGAGUGCUGGCACAGACCUAUCAUUAUGGGGUGUAGAAGUCAAUGGUCGAGAAGGAUUUGCCCCAAAGCAAUUCAUAAUGGAGGAGAGAGUACAUGUCAAGGAAAAAGAUUUGAAAUUCAUAGUGGAUGUUGUAAAUCCUGGAAGUGCACCUGCUGCGGUGGAGCCGCACAUUUUAAAUUCAUCUGAGGUGACAGUUGAGGCCACUACUACGAAACCUUUGGAAGAUGUAAAUGCCAAUCUCAAGGUGGAGUCUAUAAACAGUAAUCCAGUUGAAGGUGCCAGCAUCAUGCAGCCGGAGGUGGCAACGCCUGUUCAGCAAGAAGCCUUCGUUGUGGAGGGCACCAAGCUGCCAACACUUAACGAUGUAGUGUUUGGUGAGGCCACUUCAGAAAGCCCCAACCAAGAUAACAUCAGAACUAUGUCAAUGAAGACUGAUGAUAGUGACGAUGAUGAUAGUGGUGAAGAUCAAUUGGGAGAUUAUGACGACGACGAAGAAGAUGAGAACAGUGAGGAAAUCGUCAAUAGCACCGAAAAGCAAGAAAUAAAUGCGUUUUCUACAAAACAAGAAGAAAAAGAGAAGAUUGUUGUAUAUAGUGUAGAAGAAUCUUCUGAGGCAACAAAAAAUGAAGCAGAGGUAAAGGCACAAGAGACAGAAAAUCAAACUACCAACAGUCCCUCGAUUCUGGACAUGGUUGCAGAUGCAACAACAACAAUAUCGCCUUUCGAUAUGGAUAAAGGAUUGCCGCCAAUUGAGAAUUCAGAGGAAACUGUGGAUCUUACAACAGAAUCUACCGCGACUACUCACUCAACAAAUGAACCCAGCAAACUCAAUGAAAACAAUUCUUCCGAGAAUUCAAUCAGUGAGGGAGAACAACCACAGACGCAACAAGAGCAGCAACAACAAGUUCCUAUAGAUGACAACAAAGUAAAUUCAGUCUAUGAAAUUACUUUGAAUACAACCCAAGAAGCCUUAACUACUGCCAACCAAGGAGAGGAUGAGCUCAAAAACAUAUCGACUGACCAAAGUCUUCCGGAGACUCGGAAAAAUCAGGAUGUGAUUGGACAUUCAAAUGUUAGUAUUGAAUCUGCAAUUGACCAGCAUAAUAAGGAAACAAUUGUAAGUGAUAGUAUAGAAUCUAUAGUGGACAAUAUCUUAGAAAAUAAAAGCUCGGCAGAAUCAGAAUUGCAAACUGAUGACAAAGACUCAUUACAUAUUCCUAAAACGGGAGACUCGCUAACCAGCACAGAAUCACCAAGUUAUCAGUAUUCCAUUACACCACAGCAAACGGAAGGGGUUAAAAGUGAGAAAACUGAAGACUCCCAAACCAACACAGAAUCACCCAGUUAUCAGUAUUCCAUUACACCACAGCAAACGGAAGAGGUUAAAAGUGAGACACCUGUACAAACUACAGUGGUGCAGACUGAGUUACAUACGACAGAAAAUCCUAAAAUAAGCAUGCCACCAGCUGAUCCCUAUGCCCCAAUUUCCCCUGAGUACAUGGCUUCAACACCUACCCCUUAUGACCCAUACGACUAUGUGCAAUCAUCAAAUACCCCAUUACCACCGCAAUAUGUAAAUAGUCCCACUGAGUCAUCACAUACUGACGACAUACCUAUACAAUUUGAUUAUUAUGGUCAGCAGCCUACGGGAUAUAUGCCACCGUCGGAAAAGGAACCAGAAGCCAAAGCACCAUAUAUUGAUACAUCAAGUUUGCCUAUGGAAUAUAUGCCACCAGAAGCCAAAGCACCAUAUAUGGAUACUACAGGUUUGCCUAUGGCAUAUAUGCCGCCGCAACAACAACCUGAAGCUAGACCGUCGUAUGUGGAAACUACAGAUAAGCCUGUGGAAUAUAUGCCCAUGCAACAGCAACCGAAUGCUGAUGGAGGAUUCAUGGGAAAUAACCUUCCGGAAGUAACAACGACAAGCCCAUUAGAGCAAAUGCCAGAAAAGAGACAAGAAUCCGUUGGUCAGGGCAGUGCUGAGCUUUUACAACCGUUGGCUACCCCAGAACAACCCAGAAUUAAUGAGGAGGAACCCAAGCCAUUGCCCUCCUUAACACCAACUACCGAAGAAAUUGAAAAGAAAGACAACAAAGGACUUUUUGCCACAAUAAUCGAUACGGUUAACAACAUAUUGCCCAAUAGCAAGAAAUCAAAAUAUGCCUAUGAGGAAACCGAGGACAAUGUGCUGAAUAGACUUUUGUACCCAGAAGUGGGCGGUGGCCAGCAUCACAUGACAGAAGAGCAAAUUCAAUUUUGCGAAAAACUGGGACCCAACGAAUGUCCUCAUGCGGCCACGAUGAAUCAUCCAAAACACCUCAAUGAAGAAUGCAAUUGCUCCUUGAAAUCUUUAAUCACCAAUGAGUUUACCCUGGAAACUUUUGCCCAAGCAUUGGCUUCUAAGGUUUUGGAAAUCAGUGAUUUGUUGGCAUUUUUGGCCAUUGUGGCGGCAGCCACAUUAUUCUUUGUUUUUGGAUAUUACUGCUUCUGCAAUAGCAGCGGCGAAGGGGCUCUACUCUCCAAACUCAAUCAACUAGAAAGUAGUCUACUGGCUACCCAUAAGGAAAAUGCCAUACUCAAGCACAAUUUAAUGUCUACCAGACAGAAGUUAGCCAGUAUUGAAGACAAUUCCUUUGGUUCCAAUGAUAUGGUGGUGUCACUUAAAAAAGAGCUGGAAGAGGAAUUGGUGGAAAAGGCUGGUCUGCAGGAGCAAAUAACCACAUUACAAAAAGAACUGGAAAAUGCAGCCGAUGCUGGCAUAGAAUUAAAUAAAAUUGUCUCGGAAUUGUUGAGUAAUCAAACGGGAGAUGAGAGCAUUAUAAGCAGCGUUGAAGAAUUGCAGAAACAAUUGAACGAGCAGCAAAAUACCAUUCUGGAAAUAAAUGCCAGUCUGGCAGAGAAGAGCCGCGAAAAUAGUGAGCUGCAACUAUUAAUAGCCGAGCAAAAUGCCCGCUAUGAGUCAGAAAUCUCUAAUCUGCAACGUGAUAAUGACGAACUAGAAGCUGAAAAGGGCAACCUGCUAACACGCAUGGAGGAAAUCAAAACAGACUUUGACAAAGACAUAACAGCUGCUUUGGAGGGCAAGAAUUUUGAAAUCAAAAGACUACAAAAUGAAAUUGUAGACUUCAGCUCUAAAGUGGAGGCGGAGCAUACCAAAUGGCAGACCAGUAUGGCCAAAGUGGAAGCCUUGGAGGAGUGUUUGAAAAAUGUGAAAAAGGAUCCCAAUGUAAACAUAACCCAAGUUAUAGAUGCCGCAAAUGUUAGAGCUGAACUAUUGGAUGCUCAAAAGAAAUACAGCUCACUGAAGGAGCGUUUGGAAUUGGAAUUGGAUGCCAGAAAAAUAUCCGAAAAUCAACUUAAUCUUGUAAGCGCCGAGGUGGAAAAGCUAAAACAAGACUUCAAUCAAUCGGAGAAGGAUAAACUGGAAGCUCAAACUAGAUUAGAAGUAUUGUCCAAUUACUUCAAGGACAAAGAGACACAAUUACAAAAGGAAUUAAGCUUAAAGGAGACAAUGUGGCUGCAACAACAAGGAGAGACUUCUACCACUGUGGAACGUUUAACUGCUAUGAAGGAGGAAAUACAAUCAUUGAAAUCUCAAAAUGAUGCCUUGCGUGCUGAGAUAGAGGCGCAAGUGGCGGCGCACAAGGCCCAAACAGGCACUUUGGAGAAUCGUGCCCAUGAAACUUGGUUGGCGGCUCGUCAAUCCGACAGACGCUAUGAAGAAGCCAGAGCAGAAGCCACAGCAUUGCGCCGAAGACUGACAGCUUUGGCUGGUGGCAAUGUCAACGAAGCCAAACCUUCAGCAGGUCCUGGAAGUCUGGGCGAGGAUUUGGCAAAUGCUCCCUCCCCCAUACAUAUGGAGUCGCCGGGGUCCCCUAUGUUGGGUCGUUUACCUCCACCGCCAUUCCUGCCACCUCCCUUUAUGGGACCACCUCCGCCAUUUAUGGGUAUGCCACCACCACCUCCGUUUGUGCCAGCCGGUGAGAUGCGACCUGCACCUUUGGGUCGCAUUAUGUCUCCUAUUCCACCGCAACGUUCUAAUCUAAUGGAUUACGAUGACUACAUGGAUUAUGAGGGUAACAAUUCGUGGCAUCGUCAUCACACAUAUUCACCACCACCACGAACAUAUCGCUCACUCUCGCCCACUGAUAGUCGCUACAAUUAUGGCACAGAACGUGAUCUUAUGUCCACCUAUGACACGGAAACAGACUUUAGUCCUCCUCCAAGCCCCAGAGAGACGAGGCGGCGAGGAGGCUAUGACAGUGACAAAGGUGGACAAAGUAGAAAUCCUUACAACAACUCAAAGAAAUCAUCCUCAGGUCAAAAGGGUAACAUAAGUUCUGGCUCUGACAAAUCCUACAAUUCUUCUUCAAAACGAGGUGGUGGUGGCGGCGGCGGCGGUGGCGGUAAAUCUAAAUCUGGUGGCGGUGGCAAAUCUUUGGUUUGAUUUGUCCCUUAAAUCCUUCUUCCUUCCUUCCGCAUUAGAGGAAAUAAAGCCCCACAAAACAUUUCCGUUGCAAAUGCAUUAAGCCUAAGAGAGCGAGUCUGAGAAUGAAUUGAAUGUCUGUGUAACACGAAUGCAAGUAGUCCAUUCAUAUACCGUCGUCGUCUGCCGUCGUCGUCAUCGUUCUUUGUUAAAUGUGUAGUUAAAUUUAUAAUUUUUUUUUUGUAAUUUACUCACCAUACAAAUGAGAUACAUCAUUCUAAACUUAAUGAUACUUAUUAAGCUAAAACACUAACAACAACAACAACAAGAAAAACAAGCCAAAUCAUAAAAUCGAAUUUUAAGUGAAUUCAAUUUUGAAAGAGAAACAAGAAGAAAAAAAAAAAUAGAAAAAUCAACUACAACCACAAAACAAACACAAAACUUGAUAAACCACUUUUUUUAUUUGCAAUCAUCAUCAUCAUCCUACAUCACUGAACACCAAUCAAUUAUCGCAUACCAAAACAUACAUGAAAUAUCAUAUGCGAAAUAUGUCUUCAAACAACUUUAAA